AUCUACGUUUCCUCUUUCUUCCAAUCCUUUUUAUUUAAGUGAUCAUCGUGUAGAUAACAGAGAGAGAGAGAGAGAGAGAGAGAGUUGCCAUCGAUUCCCCUGCUUAGGAAUUCCGACGACCAUUGCAACUGUCUGCUGCUGCUAGAAUUGGGGCUCAAGGUUGUAUCCUCAAAAAUAAUGACAAUGACAAAUGCUGGAUAUAUCUCUUCAGAGACUGCAGAAGAGUUCAAUGAUAAAAAAGAUCAUAGCCUCACAGCUGAAGAAAAUUGGUCUGAACUUCCACACCUUCUCCUAUGGAUGAUUAUGGAGCAUCUAGAUUUUGUUGAUAACCUGCGGCUAGCUGCUGUUUGUCAUAAUUGGUCUUUUGCAUUUGCAAACUGCCCCAAGAAGCUUCAGUCUGCUGGAGACACAUUACCUUGGGUCAUGUACCCUAGGAAUUCAGAAAGAAGUAAGCUUGUAUUCAUUAGUGUUUCAAAGAAGGAGAAAUACACCAUUAAGCUCCCUAACUUCUUCAAUGGAACCAAAAGCAUUUACUCAAAACAAGGGUGGUUGCUUUUACAAAGAAGGAAUGGACUAAGGUGGUUCAAAGAUUCCCUGCAAAGAAUAAAGGCCGAACGGUUGCCAGAUUCUGUGUUCUUGUAUAACCCCUUUACUAAAACUGAAUUGGAGAUGCCAGACAUUGUAAAACCAAAAGAUCCAUAUGCUGGAUCUUUCUCCACCUUUGAUGGCUACCCUCACUAUGUAGUUCUUCUUGAGUAUAAUGACCCUACACAAAUAACUCUUCAAAUAGCUAAGCCAGGUGAUAAAGCAUGGGUCAAGUAUUCCUACAAUGGCCAGAGUAUGCCAUAUUCGGGAUUUGGUGGUUUACAUGUACUUGGAGUGCAUGUAUACUGCUUCAGUGCAACAGGAGGGAUGAUUAUUUUCAAUAUGAGAGAUCAGACAUGGACAGAAUUACCUGAUUUAGCCAGUAGAUUUGAGCUAAGUUACAUGGGGGAGCAUGAAGGGGAGGUUGUGAUUCUUCAAGUAAGAAAUUUAAGCUCAUUUAGGUUUUUCAGAUUGAAUAAUGCUCAGAAUGCUUGGGAGGAGUUGAAUAUUAAUGAAGUUAAGAACUUGAAUUGGUUUCUUGGUAGGUAUACUUGCUUUUCUGCAAAGUCGUUUGGUAUGAAAAUUUAUCAUUUAUAUGGGGAAUUGGAACCGAAUGAUCGGUUGUUUUACUUAAAUGACCAAUCUUGUGGUGUUGAUGUUAUAGAUAUGAUGGAUGGAAAUACGCAGAACCUCAUUCCAUAUGUACUUCCUUCCACAGCAACUUGGGUUCAUAUGGCUUGAGAAAGGCCAAUUCUUGCAAUAAUGUUUUUGACUUUUUGCUCCUUUUAUUUGGCUACUUUGUUCUAAUGUAAUGCAGUUUGCCUGAAACAUGAUGUCAACUAUCUUAAGGUACUUGGUACUUUGGUAACAUCUUCUAAUCAUGAUAUAAACAUUUUCUUGGGAUAUAUUGUUGAGAAAAUAAAU